AUGAUACCUAUAAAAUUAAGACGUUAUUUAUCGCGCCGGACCAGGGGAAUACGUUUACUUAUUGUGAUGUGUGUUUUCUUCAUUGGCUAUAUGUAUAUAUUAGCAACAACAGCAUACGCCUUCAUGAUAAACCCAAUAUCCUGGGACGGACAACUGAAAGCUCCUAAUCUGGAAGACGGCAUCACAGACAAUGAGCUUCUGAAGAGUUUAGUUGUGGAGAAAAUGAAGGUUCCGUGCAUGUUGUUAUCACCUGAUACAGUUUCUUUUAAAGCAGGAAGGAGACUGUUGGCAAAUUCUAACGAGUCGUCAGACCCAUCCUACCCUAAAGACAUUUUUACUUUGACACAAAGACAACAUGGGGCCGUAAUACUGCACAUAUUUGGCAUGGUUUAUAUGUUUAUUGCCCUUGCCGUUGUAUGUGACGAAUUUUUUGUUCCUGCUCUUGGGGUCAUCACACAGAAGCUGGAUGUAUCUGAAGACGUUUCCGGGGCGACGUUUAUGGCCGCUGGAGGCUCCGCCCCGGAACUGUUCACAAGCAUUAUUGGUGUGUUUAUAGCCAAUAACGACGUCGGUAUUGGAACCAUAGUUGGUUCUGCAGUGUUUAAUAUCAUGUUUGUUAUCGGUAUGUGCGCAUUGUUCAGCAGCGAGGUCCUCGCCUUAACCUGGUGGCCUCUGUUUCGGGACGUUAGUUUCUACAGUGUUUCUCUGUUGCUUCUAAUUGGUUUCUUCUCAGACGACCACAUUGAGUGGUGGGAGGCACUUAUUUUGUUUCUAAGUUAUAUUGCCUAUGUAACUUUCAUGAAAUACAACAGCCAAGUGGAGCUGUGGUUCAAGACCUCACUGAGGCGCUGUAAGUGCCUGGCCAACAAAGUGAGCAUCAGCGACGAUCUGCUCAACGAAAGGGUACGUUUAUGUAUCAUGAGUGUUCUGGCUUUGCUGUUUCUUAUGUUCUAA